AUGUCUAGCGCCCCAGAUAUGGAGGGCGUCGAGCGCCGAGGAUCUGACGAUGGCAAAGACAAGAAGGACGAAGGACGGGGUGACGGAUCAAAAGAAGGAGGCAACAAAGUUAAUCGCGAUGGUGACUCCGAAAUGAAAGAUGCCGAGCCCGAAGCAGCGGAGAUUCUAGACGAGGAGAUCUUAAGUCUUGGUACGGAAGACCUCAAGACUCGGAAACGUCUAUUAGAGAACGAUGCCAGAAUUAUGAAGAGCGAAUUCCAACGGUUAUCGCAUGAGAAAGCAACCAUGGGCGAGAGGAUCAAGGAGAAUAAUGAGAAGAUCGCAAAUAACCGGCAAUUACCUUACCUCGUUGGUAAUGUUGUUGAGCUUCUCGACCUUGACCCUACCGCCGAAUCUUCCGAAGAAGGUGCCAAUAUCGAUCUCGAUGCCACAAGGGUAGGCAAGUCGGCCGUUAUCAAAACUUCUACCAGACAAACCAUCUUCUUACCCUUGAUCGGCCUUGUUGAUCCAGAAACCCUCAAGCCCGGCGACCUUAUCGGUGUUAACAAAGAUUCCUACCUAAUCCUCGAUACUUUACCUGCCGAGUAUGAUAGUCGUGUCAAGGCAAUGGAGGUCGACGAGAAGCCUACUGAAAAGUAUAGCGACGUUGGUGGUUUGGAUAAGCAAAUAGAAGAACUCGUCGAGGCUAUCGUCUGGCCGAUGAAGGAGGCUGAGCGGUUCAAGAAAAUCGGCAUUAAGGCACCCAAAGGUGCCCUCAUGUAUGGACCUCCGGGAACCGGCAAGACCCUUUUAGCUCGAGCCUGCGCCGCUCAAACGGAUGCCACAUUCCUCAAGCUAGCCGGUCCGCAACUAGUUCAGAUGUUUAUCGGAGACGGUGCCAAGCUAGUUCGAGACUGCUUCGCGUUGGCCAAGGAGAAGGCCCCCGCUAUCAUCUUCAUCGACGAGCUUGAUGCCGUCGGUACGAAGCGUUUUGAUAGUGAGAAGAGCGGUGACCGAGAAGUUCAACGAACUAUGCUUGAGUUACUAAACCAGCUGGACGGUUUCGCGUCAGACGAUCGUAUCAAGGUCUUAGCCGCCACAAAUCGUGUUGAUGUCCUCGACCCCGCUCUACUACGAUCGGGUCGUUUAGAUCGCAAGAUAGAAUUCCCUCUACCCAACGAAGAAGCUAGGGCUCAGAUCCUCAAGAUUCACUCGCGCAAGAUGAAGGUCGACGCUAGCAUCAACUGGAACGAACUGGCCCGAAGUACAGACGAAUUUGGUGGCGCUAUGCUGAAGGCAGUCUGUGUCGAGGCUGGUAUGAUCGCUCUACGGAUGGGUAAAAACAAGAUCAGCCACGAGCACUACGUCGAUGCGAUUGCUGAGGUGCAGGCCAAGAAGAAGGAGACGGUCAAUUUCUACGCAUAG